AUGGAAGCCAAACCUGCAGACACAUUUAUUGAAGAAUUUGAGCCUUUAUGUAAGUGGCAACGUAAGGAGGAUCAGGACAUUCUCGAAGUCCAUCUCAAAGAAUUCAAGAAGGAGCAACUGAGGGUACAAAUCAGCAAUUUAGGGAUCCUCAAGAUCUCAGGAGAGCGUCCAUUAGGUGGUUCAAAAAAAAGCAGAUUCUACAAGGAAGUUCCAAUUCCAAAAGACUUCGACUCAAAUGCAAUUCGUGCAAAAUUUGUCAAUGGCUGUCUCUGCAUUGCAAUGCCAAAGAAAAUUCCAAUCCCUGAUAAAAAUGAAAAAACAGAACCUCCUCAUGAAGAUCAGACCAAAAAACAACCUCAAAAUGAAAGUGAUCAGAAUAGCAGUGAGCAAGAAACAUCUACUCAUGAAGAUCAGACCCAAAAACAACCUCAAAAUGGAAGUGAUCAAAAUAGCAGUAAACAAGAAACAUCAGCAGGUGCAAAAUCUGUUGAGACUACACCAGCAGUGUCUGGAUCUCAGCCGCGAAAAAGUGCAGUUUGUCCAAGAUUACGAACGUUUGGCAAGGUGGUUGUGACGCUGGCAGCACUGGCAGCUCUAAUUGCUUAUGUUGUUUACAUGUAUAGAUCUAUGGUUCCUCAAGAUGAUGAAGAGCUUUAA